AUGGGCAGCGUGGUGGGGGAGAAGCUGACGCGCCUGAUCGAGUACGCCACCCAGGAGGGCCUGGCCCUCAUCAUAGUGUCCACCAGCGGCGGCGCACGCAUGCAGGAGGGCAUCAUGAGCCUCAUGCAGAUGGCCAAGAUCAGCGCCGCGCUGCACGUCCACCAGAACGAGGCCAACCUGCUGUUCAUCUCGCUGCUGACGUCACCAACCACCGGUGGCGUGACCGCCAGCUUUGGCAUGCUGGGUGACAUCAUCAUCGCCGAGCCCCAGGCCAUCAUCGGCUUUGCUGGGCGCCGUGUGAUCGAGCAGACCCUCAACGAGAAGCUGCCCGACGACUUCCAGUCCGUCUUGACCCUGGGGGACACGCCGCAGCCAGCCCUGGGGCGGGAGCGCGUUGCUGCCCGCCCACUGCCGUGCCACACCGCGGAGUACCUGCUUGAGAAGGGCCUGCUUGACCUAGUGGUGCCGCGCUCCUUCCUCAAGGGGGCCCUCUACGAGAUCAUCGACUUCUACAAGGACGCGCCUUACAAGAGGCGCGGCGCCAUCCCAUACGGCGUGCAGCGUGGCAGCUACGCGCUCACCGCGGAGGAGAAGAUGCGCCGCCGCUGGAACGAGUGGGCCGCCGCCGGCGCGCCCGCCGCCGACGGCGCGCCGUCGUUCGGCGAGCUGGUGUCCAGCUUCCGCCGCGUGGUGGCCGCGGACGACGCGGCACGCGCGGGCGAGCUGGACGUGCGGUCGCUGGUGGGCGACGGCGCCGCGCUGGAGGAGGCGCUGGGCGUGUCGCGUGACAGCGUCAUCGAGUGGAUGGAGGUGCAGGAGAGCCUGCUGCAGCAGCAGGAGAGGGCCAAGGACAAGAAGUUCCUGUUCCAGGUCAAGGCGCCCUGA